AUUUGUGGCAGUGAAGUGAACUAAAGAAAGAUUCCGGAAAAUCUUAUCGGAGCUGCGAAAGUUUGUGUGAGUGAAGCUAUGAGUGUCGGAGUUAAUAUUAGCGUGUGCGCAUAUCCAUCGUUUGCGUUAUCCACCAGAGAUUACUCUAUCUCUUCGUCAUCUCUCUAUCUUGAUCGGAAAAUUCUUCUCCGACCAGUCUCCGGGAGGCUGCGGUGUAAAUCCUAUGGGAAACGCAGAAUCGAACCAAUAUCAGCUGUUAAAGAGUCAAGUCGAGUACCGGAGCUUGAUUCUUCUUCAGAACCAGUUCAAGUGUUUGAUGGAUCGACUAGGUUGUACAUAUCAUACACUUGCCCGUUUGCUCAGCGUGCGUGGAUUGCUCGCAACUACAAGGGUCUGCAAAACAAGAUAGAACUUGUACCAAUUGAUCUCAAAAACAGGCCUGUUUGGUAUAAGGAGAAAGUUUACGAAGCCAACAAGGUGCCUGCAUUAGAGCACAAUAACAAAGUAAUGGGAGAGAGCCUUGAUCUGAUUAAGUACAUUGACACCAAUUUUGAAGGGCCUUCACUUACACCCGAUGGUGUAGAGAAGCAAGCAGUUGCUGAUGAGUUGCUCUCCUACACUGACUCCUUCUCCAAAGCUGUGAGAUCCACUCUAAACGGCAGUGAUAGUAAUGCAGCAGAUGCUACAUUUGAUUACAUGGAGAAGGCGCUUUCCAAAUUCAAUGAAGGGCCUUUCUUCCUUGGCCAGUUUAGUUUGGUUGAUGUUGCAUAUGCUCCAUUCAUAGAGAGGUUUCGGCUUAUCUUAAGGGAUGUGUUGAAUGUGGAUAUCACAUCUGGUCGGCCUAACCUCGCCCUUUGGAUUCAGGAGAUGAACAAGAUCGAAGCUUACACCGAAACCCGUCAAGAUCCAAAAGAACUAGUAGAAAGAUACAAGAGACGAGUCCAAGCAGAAGCACGACUCUAAGCAGAUGGUUCUCCGGAUUUCUCCAUUUACGAUUGUUCACAGAAGAGUCAAAUGAGAAGAGAUAUUGUAACCAAGUUUUUUUUUAUUUAUAAAUUAUAUUGUAUUGAAAAAGCAUCUACAUGACAGGCAACAACUGUAUUCAUUUAUCCCAGAGUUCAUGAGACCAA